AACCAGGUCCAAUCAGGGAACUCUUAUUCCAUGAGAUCCAUUUGGCUGACCUUGUUCCAAUCACUACAGUAGCCAUAUCCAAGUGUUCUCAUCAAUUUCAUACUUCCCUUGGUAGGUUGCACUUUCAUAUUUGCCAACACUCACCCAGAGGAUGAAUCUGUUGCACUUCCCGUGCACUUAGAUUUGUACCUUUGUUAGCUCCAAAACAGUUAUAACUGAUCAAGUCUUUUCUCAACCUUUAGUCAAUGCAUUUAGAAUAAUUUGAAGAUUUUUUUGUGCACUUGUUUUUGAUUCCCCUUCUGUUGAAGAAGCUUAGUCACAACAAAAUUUAUAUUCAAAUUAUUACACCAUAGCAUUUUGGGGAUUGGGAUUAUGAAAGGGAACCUUGGCUUGGGCGGUGGUCAGUCCUGUGGGACAUAGUAGGAAUGUUUUGGAUGAAAUGUGUUUGGUGAUUGCCUUGUUUACAAUAAUCCAGUUUGUGUGAUUGUGAAAUUUCAUGAUUUUGCCAAAAAGCUGAUUGUAAAUACUGCUCUGCACAAAUUCAGAGAACAUUGCUUUUGUCAUAUCUUAUUCCGCAUGUUUCCUCUAGCACCCAUUCGAGCGAAUUUGCUGCUAACAUCUUUGAAGCUUAUAUGUUUCUGUUUAAUAGUUAACUUGUUCUAAACAAUUUGCUAAAAGUGUGUGGUCACUCAUCACUGAGCAACAUGUACCCUGAAGUAUUGCCAAUUUUCCCCAUCCUAUCAUGUAGCAAGGUGAUGUUCUCAAAGCUUGAUAUGUUUUCUGAUUCUAGUUUUCAUUUUAUAUCAAAAUAUUUUGUGUAAAUCUUCACAAUCAUUGAUUAGUCAUCAGACGCAUUUUAUUAUGUGUGAGGCCCUGGGACAAUGUGAGUUGUUGUGACACUCUCAAUUUUACUUGUAACAAGUAAAAGGGAAUUUUAAUGUAUUUGGUCUACCACUGAGCAUAUGUAAUAAGGUGGUAGAGGGUUGGAUGGUAAGGAGGUAAUUACUGGAAAUCUUUAUUUCAUAUUGCAGCCUUGAAAAUUCUAGUGACUGAGAAAUGUGGGUAACUAAGAUUCUAAAACUCCAGGUCUGGCAGCAUCUUUGGAGAGAGAAAAACAGGGUGAGUAUCACAGAGGUAAUGAACUGUUCCAACGAAGAGACAUUUUGAUCAUUUUGAAAAGAGGGCGUUUAAGUUGUGAGUGGAAAAUGACUCCUAUUGGAAUGGUUCAUUAUCUUUGCAACAUGAACUUUGUUUUCUCUAUCUGUAGAUACUGCCAGACCUGCUGAGCUUUCCCAGCAGCUUCUGUUUUUAUUUCAGAUCUUCAGCAUCUGUAGCAGUUUGAUUUUACUCAAAUAUUUGGUAUAGUAAACAUUGCUACAAUUUGAUUCUUGCCCAGAAUCAUCACUGGGGAAAGAAAUUAGACCCAACUCAUAAAUGGCUUGCAAGUAACUCCCAAGACAGUUCCCACAUCUCAGUCUGGGCCCAGAUUGGAAACAGUUCCCAUUUACCAGGAUAGUGAUGAUAUGUGGGGCACAAAGUAUUAGACAGAGUCCUUGAUCUUUGCUCUGCCGAGUUACUAUAGUUUGUUAUACUCGCCCUUCCUGUAUUUCAAAUGUGUUUGUAAGUGAUCUUUAGUUUUGAUGACAUUCUAACACACAUUAUGGUCAUUUCUUCCCGUGCAGCUGGGGCCUUGUUCACCCAAAACUACUUAGUGUUCCUGAACUUUGUCACAGAAUGGCAGACCUCUCUAUCAGUACAGAGAGGUUUUUGAAGAAUUUGUACCAUUUUAAAAAACAAAAUCCUGGUAAGUUUUGUCUUUUAGUGUGUGGUAUGUUCACAUUCCUGGCUGUAAUUGGACGCUACAUACCUGGUCUCUUCCUGUCCUACAUCAGCUUGAUUGGUAUACUGUUCUGGCCCCUGGCUAGUUAUCACCAACUGGGGCUAAAGAUUAGUGCCAGAAUUGAACCUGUGCUCAAGCGGCUGGAUUUCAGCAUGAAGGGAUACAUGUUGGCAAAACAGCAGGAAAGACAGUUACAUCGCCGAGCACCAGCUGUCAGAACUGCAGAUGAUGGAAGUGAUAGCGAAGCUGAAUUGGCUGCCUUCUGCCCAAAGCUUGAUGACUCCAUAAUUGCUAAGGAACUGGAAGUUUCAGAAUCUGAGCAUUCUGACACUGAGGUAUCAUAUGCUGACAAUGGAACUUUCAACUUAUCCCGAGGACAGACACCGAUAACAGAUGGCUCUGAAGAUCUUGAUCGUCAUAGUGACCCAGAGGAGUCAUUUGCAAGAGAUCUACCAGAAUUCCCAUCAAUAAACCCAAAUGUGGCUGGGUUGGAUGAUGAUGAUGAUGAUACCAGUCUGGGUAUUCCAACAGCUCCCUACCAAGCUUCGGCACAGGAAGACGUGAGCUUGUUUUCUGAUCAGGAGGAUAUUGAUGUAGAUAUAUCUCUCAGUGCGCUGCCAUUACCCCUGAAUUUCACAGGCAGCCAAGGUUUAACUCUGGCAGGGGCACUAGCCAGUAAUAUGAUGGCAGCUGCAUUAUCAGGAGCAGAUCAAGAGGUCCAAGUGGUGAGGGACAAUCCUCCAAAGUUUGCUUCACAGACCUGUCAUGAACACUCAGGUACAGAAAUGGACACUGAUGCAGAGGGGGAUGAUUUUGAACUGUUGGAUCAGUCAGAGCUGAAUCAAUAUGAGAAUAUCACUUCACAGGAUCGAGCCUCAAGGCAACAAUCAAAGUCAGGUUUCCUUUCAAACUUCCUCCGAAAACAGUAGGUUUGUGGGUGUUGGUGUUGCCAAAUUACAUCACACUGGACCCAGUAGAAAUUCAUUGGAAGGCAAGGUUUCCAUAAUCCUCUUGUUGCAAUCACACUGUCUGUUGUUCUUGCUGCUGUUGUGCAUAGUUUAAAAUAGUGAUUGCCUCAGUGGUUACUACUUCUUCCUCAUGGCGGACAGAAAUUCGCAGCUAAGAGAGAUGUAGAAUGCUGUCUGCCUCUGCAAGUUUGUUUGGUGCCCCUUCUAGUUCAUUUGGUUUGAAAUGUUAUCAUCCCAGAAAGGUUAUUGUAAGGGAUGAAGAAGCCAUCCUGCACAUCUGCACUUCCAAAAUUGUGUUAAUCAUCACUAAGUGUUGUUGAUUUUUGACUUGGCACAGUUACCAUUUUAGGGGAUAGAAGUUCUUUAUUCAUGAGGUAUUUUUGGUGGAUAUUACUUGUAGACUGCACCAUUUUUAUUCAUAGAAGUAUUUUCUGCGUUUCUGUUUCGAAAAGUGGAAACUAACCAACAAAUUUUGUCAGCAAGCAAGGUGUGGAGUUGGUGCAGGGUAAUCCAGUCAUCAUUUGAUUAGUUGAAUUCUAGAAAAUACCAUUUAGCACUUAGUGACAAUGAUUAGAGUUGUCCAAUAAAAAGACUUAAAAUCCACUCUCCAGCAUGUGUGAUGUAUUGAGCAACAAAAUUCAUCAUCGGCAGCAAUUAAUGUUGCUAUUGUUCAUUUGGGAUAGAAGGGCUGGAAAAAUUCCAGGAUUAAAGCUUUGAGCGUUAUCCUGCCAGAGACAAUAACUAAAUUGUUCAGAAGAAGAGGACGCUGAGGUUUUUGGGAACGUAUACAUAGAGUAAGCUUUGCCGUUCUAUUUAUCCAUCUCUGUACAGAAAAGUUCAUAAUAUAGCAAAACUGAACAGAUAAGGAAUAGACUAUUUAUGUAAUUGAGGCUUGGUUUCUAAAACCCUAGUGAGGUUUGAGUGAGGAGAUCUGUGGGAUUUUGUGUGUUCAUCUUUAACAUUGUAAAUUGAUUAAUUCUAGGCAAUGCAAUACUUUUUGAGUUUAACUUGAUUUUUAAAUACACUUUAGAUGCUGCAAACUUCUCCAUUUCAUUUUGCUUUUGAUUUCUGUGACCUUGCAGCUCUUUGCUGCAGUUACACUAUUUUUAAAUUCAUUUCAAUUUAAUUUUUUUCAAGCUGUUUCUUAAGAUCAGUACAUUCUACAGUUCUCAUUGGUGACCAGCUUUCCACUUCUAACUGUUAUGCCUAAAAUGUACAUGACCAGAAUUAAGGGUUCAAAAACAGCUGAGAUGAGUGUGGGUUGUAUGGCAUGAGCUAACACUGGGUACUGAUAGUAGAUUGAAAUACUUUUUGUGUGGAAUGUCCAAAGACUCAAGCUGUGAACAAGAAAGGGAGCUGUGUCUUUUGCCUGUUUUUAAGGGCAUCAGCGAUGUAACUAUAGUAAUGGAUUGGAUGGUGGAAGGAGCUGGGCUGGUUUACUGGACCUCUCUGACUCUGCAUUGAUGUAGCAUCUAUCAUUUUUCCAAUAGCUGAAAUCCAAAACUUGAUAAGUAUGGAAUUCAGUGUUAUACCUGUGUUAGUUAUCAGUGGAUAAUGCAGACAGUAUUCUGCUCCCAUUUAGAAUAUUUAGCUUCCCUGUAAGCAAAAGCAGUCUGACUGCAGCAAUUAAAAUGCAAUGUUACAUUUGCUUUCUUCCAUUUGCUCAAAUAGAGAAAGAAAAAGUAAAUAAAAUAUUUUAUGAAAUAGAAAUUUAACAUUGCACUGAGUGACAUCACAAUUUAAUGGAUUGGGAUGUGGUGUAACCCAAAACCAUGCACAAAUCGUUUUAAAGCUUAAAUUUUUUGAAUACAUGUUCAUUAUCUUUUAGAACUUUUUAAAAAAUGAAAUAUUUGAUAUUGUAAGGCAUUACUUUGUUCUGUUGUAGCUUUUUAGUGCAAAAUCAAAAUACUGCACAUCCUGGAAGUCUAAAGUAAAAACAAAUUGUUGGCAGCAGCAUGUCAGGCACCACUGGAGAACAGAACAAACAUUUCAGGUUCAUGACCUCCUUGUAUUACACUUUCUAAUAUUCUGCUCUACUUACGCACUUAUUGAGAGACUGAGUGAUAUUGUUAAUGUUAUACUGGGUUAGCAACUUGGCGAACAGGUAGCACAGGAAACACUCGCUUACUUACUACAACAGAAACUAAAUAACAUCCAUCAUUCUAAUUUACAGAUUAUUAAGUGCAGACACUAUUUUGGAAGUAAUCUGUCCUCCUUUUCAUCAGUGAGCUAGCCCUACGUGGAGUAAAUGCAAAUUUUAGGGCAAUGCAGCUGCUACAUGCACCAUACCUGUUGCAAGUGUUUUGGGCAAUGAUCCUUGGUCCAUUUUUCCCAGCAAAGUAAUUAUAGUCAUCACUAUUUAGACUGAGCCAGCUUUUUCCAUUGUAAAGGGGAAGUGUAUUUCACAGGAUUCCACUUGCAUCUGAAAUUGAAAGUGGCAAACAAUUGAUCCCUCAAAUCUUUGAAAAUUGUAUGAAAUUAUGUACAUAUUGAUCUGUUUAAAAACUUUUUAAAAAAUUUAGUGAUGAGCUUAAGCUUUGAGUUUUUUUUGAGAUGACAUCUCUCUGAGGACUCUGUGGUGUGUUUAAAACCUAUUGCAGCCUGAAUAUUUUCAUUAGAAGCCCAGACAGUUAGAACCGAUAGUUAAAUAAUGCAAAAUGCAUUUAACUGUUGUGAGAUAUGUAAACGUGUAUUUUUGAUGUUGUAUGAUCCUCAAUGUCACUUGUGUAUUUAAAUAUUUCAAAAUGUUAAUUUUCAGAGUUUAUAACUGACCUGAUUCAUUUGAAAGUUUUGUAGAAAAGUCAUUGUUUAUUUUUGAACCAUUCAUUAAAACAAAUUUCUAAAAAUAA